AUGGCAUCGUCUUCAACGAAGUAUGAGAUGGAGAAGUUUGAUGGUGGAUCGAGUUUCAGUCUAUGGAAAAAUAAAUCUUCCUUGAUCCUACAAAGUUUACGGAAGGCAAUCGAGGAUAACUUUCCAGAAGUUCCUACCCACCAAGCCUCAGAGUUAAUAACUCAAACUUGUGAUAAAACCUCAUAUAAGGACCUAUGCAAUUCUGCUCUAGGAUCAGCCAAUGCAGCAGAUGUGCACAGCCUAGCCAAAUCUGCACUAGGGGCUACAACAUUACAAGGAGGUGAAGUAACCAAGAAAAUGGCUGAACUGAUGAUGGGCAAAGCUGCUGAUGUUGUGCAGACGCUAACAGAUUGCUCUCAAAAUUACAAUGUUGCAAUGGAUAAGAUUAAGUUCGCCACAGCUGCUUUGGAAGCUAAAGUUUUCAAUGAUGUUAAGGUAGGGAUCACUACUGCCAUGACCGAAGCACAGUCUUGUGAAGAUGGAUUCAAGGGAGCUUCACCCAUGACUGCUGAUAACACAAAGUUUAGCCAGCUUUGUAGCAUUAGCUUAUCAAUCGCCGAACUGGCUAAAAUUUAG